GAAUAGAAAAAAUUUAGCUGAGAAAGAAAUCCAAAUGGCCCAAUACAAGUAUCUUAUUUUUCUGUUGGUCCUCUCACGAUCAAACAUUGGUUUGUCAUGGUCCUGGUUUCCUUCACAUGCCGAGAAACAAUCUAGUGAUGACCCUCCAAAGAUUCUAGGAAUUUCUGGUGAUGUUGUGGCUGAGUUCUCUAUGGAUGCUCUCAAUGAUGAGAAAGGAAUUGAAAGGGUCAACAAUGCUAGAACAAAACUAACUGGCUUAAAAUCCUGUUGGUAUGAUGCAUAUCAAGGACUUUUUGCCAAGUGCUCCGACAUCACUGCUGAUGACAAUGAAAGGCGGAAGAGAUUUGCUUGGGAUCUUAGCAAUUGCUUUCAGAAAGACUCUGGAAGACCUCCUUUUCCUUCAUGCCACAUUAGCUCUCCAAUGAAGGCAUGCCUCAAAAAACUAGAUACCAAUGCCAUUCAUACUUACCGUCAAUUCUUCCUCGAAACCAAUUCUAUUUGCCAUCAGUUACAGUCUAAUUAUUUCAGGCUUCAAACAGAGAAAUUGGUAAAUCAAUUAGUAAAAUCGGCUAACUAUGCUGAAGAAAAAUUAGAAACCAUUGAAGAGAAAUCGGAGAAUCUGUUGCAGGGCUCAAAAGAUAUCCAUGACUCUUUAAGUAAAAUCGAUCAACAAACUCAACAAGUGGCUCAAACUUCUAAGAAUGUCAGCAAUCAGAUCAAUGGAGUAUUGAAGCAGUCAGAAUUAGUUUUUGAGCAAUCUGAGAAGAUUGCAGCUUCUCAAUUGGAAUUGCAGAAAGGGCAAGAAAAGAUGAAGGUAAAGUUGGAAGAAGGGAUGACAAUGAUUCAUGAGUAUCACAAUAAACUUGGUAUGGAAAUACACAAUCUACAAAAUGAGACUGGUGAAAUAGAGAAGAAGAUAAGCAAAGUGGGAGAUGCAAUGUAUACGAAGAUGAGUAAUCUGCAAAGCAAAGCUGAUGAUAUUGGGAAUAUAGCUGGAAUCUCCUUAGAUAAGCAAAAACAACUUCAAGAGGGGCAAUCUGAAGCACUUCAGGGGCUUCAGUUGCUGUCCAAAUUUCAGUCCAAAGCACUAGAAGAGAGCAGGGGUAUCUUGCAACAGUUAGCUAAAUUUGGCCGUGAACAGCAAGAAGAGCUUGUUCAGCAACAGGAACAGCUUCAACGAUCCCAUGACCAUCUGUUUGAAAACUCAAAGUCUAUAUUGGCAGCUCAGGAAGCUUUUGAACAAAAGCAAGCAACAAUGUUUCUUGCUUUAGAUAAGCUGUUUGCCUUGCACAAUGCCUUACUGCUCGAAUCACGAUUAAUCAAAGCUGCCUUUAUGUACUCUAUAUCAAUAUUUAUACUCUACAUGCUCACCAGUACAAAGCCAACAUACAACGUCAGACCUCAGCUUUAUAUUGGUCUAUGUGCUACAUUCUUAAUUGAAUUUGCUAUACUUCGAUUUGUGCCAAGGGCUAUUGACCAACAAACAUGGAUGAUCAACCAAGUUAGAUCGUUCUUCGCGAUUCUUGCUUCUGUACAGAUUAUACAUGCCAUUAUUACAUACAGGGACUUUGAGAGAUUGAAUUAUGAGAUGCUACAAGAUCUGAUCAACAAGGUUAAGUCUUGGGAUACAGAUAGCGAUGUAGACUGGUCUCAGUGGAUAGACACGGAGAUACAGGAUGGCAUAGAUAAUCUCAAGGAUUCUGACUAUUUGCCUUCAAAAGAAAAAGAUACUGGAGAGAGUUCAAAUGCUACCUCUUUAGCUACUAGAAAAUACAAUCUUCGCGGCCGCUGUCAUUGAUUUUUUUUUUCUCCCUCUGGUGACAAAGAAAUUGAAACAAGAAUUCAAUAGAAGUACCCAUUCUAGUACCCUUGGCCUUGGGAAGAACUUGGAUGUA